UCCAUGUGGGGCAGUUGCAGAGUUGAGCAGCUUGUUAUGUUCCUUGUGUGUUGGACAUCAAGGCGAUGAAGCUCCUUUAAAUCGGUUUGUCUUGGUAACCGUGAAGCGCUGUGACUGUUAAAUGAAGCCGGUUCGCUCUCUGCAAACAGCAGCGAACAGGCUAACAUCAACAGCUAGCUAACAGGGCAGCAGUCAAGCUCUGCAUUUCACACAUGGCUGAUGACAGUGUGAGAGCUGGGGCUUCAGCCCAGCAGCAGGACGGCAGUGCAAGCAAUGAGAAGACUGUGAGCAGUAACGGAGAAGUUGCAGCAGGAAACCAGACUCUGUCUAAAAGGCAAAGGAAAAAGCUCCUGAAGCAGCAGAAGUGGGAGGAGGAGAGGGAGCUGCGAAAGCAGAAACGAAAGGAGAGGAAGCAGCAGCGUCGCCUGCAGAGGCAGAACCACCAGGAGGAGGAAGGAGGAGACAAUCCAGGAGCCAGGAAACGUCCACGCAGAGAGGUGACGCCCAGCUCUCUCAGACUAGUGGUGGAUUGCAGCUUCGACAACCUCAUGCUGAUGAAGGAUGUCCGGAAGCUUCACAAACAGAUCCAGCGGUGCUAUGCUGAGAACAGACGAGCUGCACAUCCAGUACAGUUUUAUCUAACGAGCCUCGGUGGACAGCUGAAACAGAGCAUGGAUGAAAAGGACAAAGGAUGGGUGAACUGGAAGGACAUUAACAUUAAAACAGAGCACUACAGUGAAGUUGUGGCUAUAGAAGAUCUGGUGUACCUGACAUCAGACUCUCCCAAUGUGCUGGAGGAGCUGGACCAAAAGAAGGCCUACAUUAUUGGAGGUCUGGUGGACCACAACCAUCAUAAGGGGAUCACCUUUGAGCGGGCGAAGGAGCUGGGGAUCAAUCAUGCUCAGCUUCCUCUCAGCAGCUUUGUCAAGAUGAACAGUCGCAAGGUUCUGGCAGUCAACCAUGUGUUUGAGAUCAUCCUGGCGUAUGUGGAGAAGGGAAGCUGGCAGGAGGCCUUCUUCACCGUCCUGCCUCAGAGGAAAGGAGCGGUAGCUGUCGAUAAAGACAGCGCAACCGCUCCAGAAAAAGAGGAGGAAGAUUCAGACUCUGAUUCUGACCUUGACACACCAGAGCAAACAGAACAGAAUCUAACACUCAGCCCAAAUGGACAACUCCAAAAAAGUCCUAAUGUCUGAUACUGUAGGAAACUGUUUUGAUUUAAUGAUGCUAAGGUUAUAUUGGAAAGUUGUUUUUUUUUUCAUAUUUCAAAAUGCUUUUUGUUUUUUACUAGAUAUUUAUUGAACAUUUUACUUUGUGCUCAUUUAAUUACUCAAAUCAGUUGGACUGUUGAUAUAAAUGGAGAAUUUCAGUUUUGCUACAGUUUUUUGGCAAAAUAUAGCUUAUUAUUAUUAUAUUCAAGAAAGUGAUUUUUACUUAGAUUUUUAUUCUUUUGCUUGGAGCUGAAAGCUAAAGCUGCCAGACCUGUGCCAAAUGAAAAGAUUUAAUACAGGAUAAAGUCAACAUAUGACCAUCAUUUUCACUGGUCCGGAAUUUCCUGGAAUAUUAUGAUUUUUUUUUUGACAGUAUAGUCUGGAUAUAAAAUUGAAAUUUGAAAUAGACUUUGGAGAAUAUCAAUUUUUGCAACUUGAUUGAAAAUUAUAUUUUCAAAGAAAAAUUUCCAAAUUUUUGGGAUGUAUUUCUUUGAUUUGUUGCCCUUGGUCAAUCAAAGCAUGCAAGGUGAGCCAAAGCAUAUUGGGGCCCAGUGGCACCUUAAGGAGAUGUUUUCAGGAGACAGUGUGAGCCCACAGGGGGCAGUCAUGGUCCACAUUGGACAAUAGAAGAAGGCCCAGGGGGGGAGAUUGUGUUUUGAUAAACCACCUGCAUCUUAUUUGAGUAUGGGGGGCCCCAAAGCGAAUUCAACAUCCCAGACUGUGCCUACUAUGCCUGUGCUAUAGGUCAGACCUGGCCUGACUGCAGCCACAGCAAAUUGCAACAUGAGUUAAGCAUUCAGUCUUUAAUGUUACACCUGUUCUGAAAGGAAUCUCUGCUACACAAACUGAACGUGCAUAGAUUAAUUUACAUUUAGCGUGUUUAUGUUAUACAGAUAUGUUCUGGACCCAGGGACAAGACCCAUUGUAAUUUGAGCCCAAGAACAAUCAGACCCAUUGCUGCCUCACCAGCCAUUAGAUAGAUAGAUAGAUAGAUAGAUAGAUAGAAAGAAUUUGGUGUCCUAAAUUCUGACUUCAUGUCUUGACUCAGAAAGUGGACAACUGCUCAAGGGUCCCAGACCUUCAGGUUCACUGUGUCGCAUUUAC